UCUGCCGACAGCUGCUCUGUUAUCAGCGCUGUUGAGUAACAUGACACUCUGUCCAAUGCUACGCGUCAGCUUUUUAAACAAACCAAUUUCGAGGGGUAUUAAAAAUUAAUUGGCGAAUACACCGGUUAAUAACUAAUACAAAAUCGAUAGCGGAAUCAAGAUGGAAAGUUUGUACCACCAAACCAAUAACGCGGUGAAGGAAAUUGAGCGGGACUUCCAGCAGCUGAGUAAACUCGGUCCCCAGGAAUCCCUCGACGUGGAAAAUGGGAUACAAGUGAAGAUUACCCAAGCAAAUUCUAACUGCGAUCGAUUAGAUGUGCUACUCUUUAAAGUGCCGCCUUCCCAAAGACAAAGUUCCAAGCUCAGAGUAGACCAACUAAAAUAUGACCUGAGACACCUGCAGACAUCUCUUCAAACCGCCAGGGAACGAAGGCAACGGCGAAUGCAGGAGAUCUCGGAACGGGAACAACUUCUUAAUCACAGAUUUACGGCAAAUAGUUCUCAACCGGAGGAAACGCGUCUUCAAUUGGAUUACGAACUGCAACAUCACACCCAGUUGGGAAACGCCCACCGAGGAGUAGACGAUAUGAUAGCCUCGGGCAGUGGCAUCCUCGAAAGCCUAAUCUCACAAAGAAUGACACUAGGUGGUGCCCACAAACGAAUCCAGGCUAUUGGUAGCACAUUGGGCCUUUCAAAUCACACCAUGAAACUUAUAGAACGACGACUGGUCGAGGAUCGUCGUAUAUUCGUCGGCGGAAUGGUAGUCACUUUGUUUAUCAUCGCUCUGAUUAUCUACUUUUUAGUGCUCUAAAGACAAGCAGCUCGUUUAGGCGAGUUUAAAUUAAGUGUACUCUAUUCUGUUAAAAGUUAAAUGCACAAUUA